AUGCUGGAUUUGGCGGGGAGAAUGAUGAAGGAACUCUCACCUGCCCCACCUUCCCGAAAAAUCGAGCUAGCCGGUGAUUUCGAUACGUGCCACAUGCAGCUUCCCAGUCCUUUCGUGCACCUCCUCAAUCUCGAGCAGGCCUCUUCGUCUACGACUCACCCAGCACGGUACUACCACGGCCUCACUACAACAAUGAUAUCGACACGACCCACGAUCGCUAGAAGAAACCUCCUCUUCUUUUUAUGUGCCGCUCUUCUCAACCCACUCAAAGCUGCUGCCUUCCAAUUGAACCUUACCACCCCACACCAAUGUUCCAAUUUGACCGCCACAUGGAACGGCGGCACCUUGCCUUACGAGCUCCUCCUCAUCCCAGUCGGCCUAGUCAAACCCCUCGAAAUCCGCACCAUCAUAUCUCUCCAGAAUAUCACCACAGAUUCAGUGACCAUUCCAAUGUCCUAUCCUCAAGGUUCACAGUUCAUCGCCGUUCUGAGUGAUGCCACUGGCGCAGGGACAGGAGGCACAACUCAGGUCCUCACAGUUGGUUCCCCUUUAAUUGGCGGUAAAGGUGCUUCAUCCUGUCUCGCCACCCGACAACCCAGGCCAGAAUUUUACUUCUACCUGACUCCGUCAAGACCUACCCAAUGCGAUGACUGGAGGAUUUCAUGGCCUGACACUGUCACUGGGAUAUCCAUUUGGGCUGUCAUGCCUGGCGUAACGACUUUCCGAAUUCCACUGCCAUCUGAACCAGAUCCCCAAAAUGCCAGCCUGAAUCGUUCCGAUUGGAUAGUGAACCUUCCCGCGGGUACUCAAGUUUUGCUCGUCGCAGGGAACGAUGAGAAGGACGGACGAGGCAAAGGGGGUAGCACGGACUUGUUCACGGUUGGCCGUGGAACGGAUUCAAGCUGUUUGAACUCAAAUCCGCUCAAUUCGACGUCCACAACUAGUGUUUCCGAGAAACCCACCGGGACAACGUCCACGAGUACUAGUACGAGCACCACGAUACAUUCUGGUGCUGCGUUUUUAUCUCGUGCGGCGUCGGGUCUGACCCUAUCCCUCUCGCUUUGGGUGGCACUUUUGAGCAUUAUGAUUCCCUUCGUUGUAUGA